AUGAAGUUCACCAUCUCAAUCCUCAUCACCGCCGCUCUCUACGGCUUUACGGCAGCCGCCCCGAAACCGGACGUCCCACCCCUCCGAUUCAGACGCGACGAGUGCGUCUCCGGGGGCGGCACGUGGGCUUCCUGCGAGUACGCCGACCUCUUCCUACGGUGCGACGCCGGCGACGCGAGCUUGUACGCGUGCGAUGGGGGCUGCCAGAACUCAUGGUACGAUCGGGGUGAUGGCUCGAGGUUAGGUUUAGAGAAAAGAAGACGGGUGAGAGGGAAUUCACGAGGGUUUGGAGAGAGGUCUCUGUUGACGACGUGA